UCGUUUCACCUGAAGGAGCUAAUUACAUGAAUGCUGAGUGGCUAUUAUUACUUGGUUGUUGCUGUGGCUGUAUAUAUCGCUUUAGUCACCAUUGAGGUGUACUUGAGAGAAGCUUUGAUCUUAUUAUUGUGUCUUAGGUAUUGCCGAACAACAUAUCCCAUGCUACCUUACUACAACAUAAGUCAGUACGUUGGUUGCAACAUUGCAAUCAAGCCGUCCAGAACCAUCAAGGUUGCAAGUGUUUGUGUUACUAAGCGUGUAAAAUCCAGGGUGGGGGUGCACUGCGUUCAGAUGUAUCCUCCAUUCGGCAAAUGCUUGAAGAUUAUGCUACCAAAAGAAGAUAGUGGCGUCAGACUUCCAAUUGGAGUUUUUGGCGUAAGACUUCCGAUUGAAGUUUUUUGGCAAACAAAACGGUGAUUAUGUUAGCAUUUAGAAAUGAAGUUUUAGUGCCACAGUGAACACAGAUCAAAAUGUAUUGCAGCUUGCAUUCCUGUGGGAUGUACUCUAUAUUUGGUCAAGAGUAAUGCAUUCAAGAUGCACGUCAACAUUCCAAAUGCAGAACUCCAAACCAAACUCCAAACUGAUCAAAUAUCAAUUUCCAGAAGAGUUGCAACUGAGAACAAUUUUAGAACACAUAUAACCAUAUACACA